AAUUACAAUUUUGCGUGCUUAUUCAUGGUAUUUUUUGAAUUUUAUGCAGUAGAUAGAUCGAAAAACGUUUCUGGUCUGAAUACCGGUGAGCAUUACUCUUUUUAAAUACUUAAUUUUCGGAAGAUUUAGUAUCUGCCUUUGUAUAAUGAAUUUCGCCCUGCAUUUUGGUGGCCAAAUACAAUGAACAUGCACUCAGUUUUCUUUGUUUACUUCACGCGAAAAUUCUUGUUCGCGCCUUGUGUAAAUCACCCCCGAGGCACAAAAUGAAAUAAAUAAUAAAUUAACAUGACCUCGGCGAAAGAGUAGACGUAUAUGAAAUGUAUGAAACCACUGUAAAUUAUUUCGAGUGCUGUUUUCUUAACUCUUACAUGAAAAUAUAAAUAGAAAACUGAUAUUUGAUCAAGCAAUUUUCUAUGGUGAAAUAGGUUAUCUGUAAAGGAAACUGAAGUUAAAACGAAAAGUUGAUUAGUUUAUGUAUAGUAAUAGACAACCUACGAAGUCCAUUGUAACAAAGAUGUCAGGCAAGCCGUACCGAUGUGAGCCGAACAAAACAGGUCCGUGCCGAGUCGGUUGGGAGCUCUCAUGCACCAGCCAAAGACGUACAGAAUCGAUGUGUGUGGAGCGGCUUACCUUCCUUGCUGCUGCUUGUACAGCUAGCUCACUGGCUAGGAUAUGGACCACAGCAUCUGGAAGGAGGUGUGACCGAAGUACCGCGUCCAUCUGCCGUCCCACAACAGAUAUUUUUACGUACGCAGAAUUGAGGGUAAAAUUCCUUUGCAAUUGCUUGUGUGUUAAGUUGGAAUUGUUGAACCCAUAAGUUGUUUUCCCUCGAUUUUAUGAUUUUGGUGAAUUGUGUAUUUUAUGAAUUUUUAAAGAUAACACUGUUUGCAUCAAGACUUCACGGAUUUGGACAGACUAUCUUUAUUGCGUGUUCUAAAGUCUUUUUUUGAUGUUAAAAAUGUUGGGUGGGGAAAGGUGACGAGUGAGAACUUCAGUGAUUGAAUUCUGGUUGAAACUGGCUGUGUUUAGCAGAACUCUGAAGAGACUUCAUGGCGAGACAAGCUCAGUAAUGAUUAACCAGAGAAGGUCCCGAAGUUCAGGACGCAGAAUUUGUUAUUGUAGCAAAACAAAGAACGAGGGACACUUCGUCAGUGGGAUAAAAGAACAAACAUGGAAUUGAUUGGAAAACUUCAAUAAAUAAGAGGACCUGUCUCGUCAUCAUGUUUCUCCCGUUUGUUAGAAGACUUCUGGAGGCAAACGGAAGUGACGUAUUUUUAAACUCGACUUCCGGCAGACCCAUUAUUUCCGAUGGAGGAGCUGACAAUAUCCUCUUUGCUAACAGUUCCUAUAAUACGUCUGGAGAGGGUAUGAUAGAUUUUGGAGAAGUUGAUGUUGGGUACUCCGACAUGCAGACUGUGUUUCUGGCCUGCAUCGCCACGCUUUUACCACUAAUGUUCAUCCUAGUAGUUGCCAUCGGAGUAAGGUUCCUGUGGCGUCGGUGUCAUGCUCGUAAGGGUGAGGGCUACGAGGGCGUCUUGCAAAGGGACGAGAGUUCGGGCCCACUCGCCGUGAAAUCUCUCUCAGUAAGCGGAAACCUUCUGUCAGACGAGUUGAAAACGAGUGAAUCGCAAUUUUCGAUGACACCAGGGGAAGAAAUUGAAUACGGGACGUCACAAUCACCGCUGCUCAGCUUUGGGACUUCUUCGCGCAGUUUACCGAAUCACACCUCCAAGAGUGCCAACGGCAGCAUCAUCACCAUGACCUUGAAAAACAACCACCUCAUAGUCGAAACACAGGAGACAGAAGUGACGUUAGGAAACGGCAGCACCAAAACUAUGACGACGAAGUUUACGACGUCGUCGUCUCCGAACGAGAACAACGUAUUCGUGGUAGAGGUGCAGCAAAGUGGGGCUGCGCGAAGCAGCGACUCCGAUCUGUACCCCAAGCUCUCGUCCUCAGCAGUCAGCUCCCAGGAAGACAUCGACGAGGAGGACGGCAGCAGGAGGUCCUCAAGUCAAAGAGCACAAGUUCACCGGCCUCCUGACAUGGACGUCGACGAAGUAUCGGUUGAAGAUAUGUCAGACGAACUGGAAGACGAAGAAGAUGAAGACACAGAGGAAGACAUGACAGAACGUAAAGUUACUCGUGACGGAACAAGCGAAGAUGAUCAAGACAGGAGUGCGAACACAAACACAGGACUUUCCCAAUCAGAUCUCAGCAUAUCAUCGUCAGGUUCUAACAAUCCGAGUUACCGUUACGGUAACCAGGUCGGAUACGAAGGGGGACAUUUUGGGUAUCCUCAAUAUGUUGGUUACACUGCUAGUGAUGAGAAAGCUAAAAGAACUGCAGGUGGUGGGAAACUGGUGGUUCCAAGGUGGAAUAACCAGGCGACGGCUGAAAUGAAGAGGGCGUCUUCUGUCACUGAUAGUAGCGAUAAAGUAAGUAUUAAUCGACAUUUGCGAGGAAGAUACAGCAUUGACGUGACUCCGGUCAGUGGUCGCCUUCUUUCCGACAUACAAGCUAUAGAACGUCGGCGACAACUUCAAGAAGAUGAACGACUUCAGGAAGAACAGAGACAACUCGGGAAUGGCAGUGUUGUAUUGGCUGUCGCUAACGGGAUCACUACGCCACCUUCUGUGAACGACAAAAUGGAGGACAGUCAACAAGACGGUCCCCCUGCUCCUACUGAGCUAGAUGAAAAACACGCUGGUGCAGAGCGUAUUAGUGAUAACAAGUCUGGAGUUAAUUUGGCGACGGAACCAGAAGGAGACAAACCUGCGACUGAGGCAAAAGAUAAGAAGUUUGAGGAAGACUGUGUUUCGGCUCCAACGCAGAGAAGUCCACUCUCCGUUAUCACACCGGAACUUUAUACGCAGAUUAAACAGACAACCAAAAGUUUGAUUCUAGAUAAGGCAACAAGACCGGGACUUUCUCCGAAAUUCGAGAAGUUUCGUAACGAGAAUUCUCCACUAGAUGAGAUAGAGAAGUCUGUGGCUAAUGAUUCAUCAGAAGCCAGUGACACAGCCCCAGUUAAAUCACAGGAAUAUGAAAAUAAAGCUUUCGUUCCAUCUGAUCAGAUAACAAGUUAGUGUGACGAAAUAAAUACGUAUUUUCGUGUUGAGAACAAAAUUAAAUUAUGUCACAUAUGUUUACGGGUAAAUUUGGACAGAUUUUAAAAUAUGACAAACUAAAGUCAAAUGAAUAUAAAUCACGGAAACCGUGUACGAUAUCCAGAUCAUGAGAAUUAGAAAUCGGAAGUAAAAUAGAAGGAAGGGCCCAUCAUAGCCACCCAAACUAGAAUUUGUCAGUCGAAAACAACUAACCAUUUCACGACCAAUGAACUUAAAUGGAAUAAUCAAAUUUAAAUGUUUUAUGGUAAACUACAAAACCAAAUUAUAAAGGUUGUGUGAAAGAAAUAACGUUGAUCGUUAUUUCGGUGCUCUGGUGACAUAAUAGCCAUAAACUCGCUUCAUAUAAAUUUUAGAAUUCAACAUUUAACAGUCGGUUAUGUACGACUGUAUUUAACUGAAGUAUGGAACUUAAAUGAAAUGAAUCUUUAGUAUAUAUGAAAGAUUACCAUAUUUAAUGAUCCUACAUGCAUUUUCUAAAGUUUUGUUCUUAAUUUAAAAAUUAUGUAGACAAUUAUGACUGCAAAUUAACCUUUUAAAAUGCAUUUAUGUGUGUAUAUAGUCUAUAUUACUUUAUUUAACAGUAAGUAACUCUGCAUUUUUCUCAGAGAAUAUUAUUAUGGAUUUCGUAUAAUUAUUAGAGUAAAUUGUGAUUAUAUCGUCAAACAGCAUUAACCAAUUUAUCUCCUUAAUGGGGAAGGUGUGUUUUCUUCUAGGUAGAAACUCAAUUUUAGGUGUUAUUUAGAUUAGCUCCGGUGUCCUUACCAGAAGGGCGAACGGGCAUUGCCUGAAAACUUUUUAAAUAUAAGAUGGUCUCUCCCACCCCUCCCACCCCUCCCCACAGAAAUCAAGUAUCUCCCACUUCUCUCCCAAAAAUGUUCCCUUUGCUUCUACUCUAUUGCUAUGUUUCGUAACUACCUCUCCUUUUCUCCGCUUUCAAAGGGUUGACGGAGGAUGAUAAAAAAAUCACGCAAUCAUUAUUAGAAUAUUUUUUUGAUAGCUGUAAUUCUAUACAGUUCAAUUUAUUAAGAAACACACUAUAUCGCUGUUAUUGUACAAGAACCCGCGCAGGUCACGAUAUAUCGUAACCUGCCGCACAGGUUUGUUAGUUGUCUUUCAACAGUCGAAGUGAAACGAGUGUACAGUGUCGAAAAAUACAUGGCAUCUCAUUCUUACUUAACUUUCCAGAGUGAGGUUAGGGACACAUUUUCCGAUUGUCUUGUAGUAAACAAAUCGACAGUAUCUCGUCUGGUGAACGAUUUCCGUGGCACAGCAAUUCUUAGCCGAGAUGCGUCAAACGUGAGGAAAAUGGUUGAUGCACGCAUCGCUGAACGCGGAGGUCUUCGACCGUCUAUCGCAGAGCCCAGAACCAGUUCAAGCAGGUGCUUAGAAAUAGAGCUUUCCAAUGGUCCACAUAUACACAAUCGGUUCGUUCGCAAUAUGUUUAUUUUUUAACGUCUAGGAAACUGAAAUUAAUUAUUAAACUAUGUUCGAAAUAGACCGUAAGGUACCUCCUAUAAUGCCAGUUAGGAUAAACAAAGAUUCAUGCGCAGUUUGUAAUGUAAACAAAGAAGUUCUCUGUCCACUUAAGUAAGAACAACUGCAGGAAAUAGAAAAGUUAUUUAUGACUUGGCCAUAACAGAAUAAGGACAUCCGGCAGUGGAAGACGAGAUAGGUAGGUUUUUAACAGAAUUGCCACGUAAUGUAAUUUUAUUUUAAAUGAAAUGAAAUUGAGAAUUGUCACGUAAUGUAAUUUUAUUUUAAAUGAAAUGAAAUUGAGGACCAACUUCGGUGUUAUUCACCCAAACCUUCACAUUCAUGUGUGUGUAUGUGAAUGUAAAUUAAAUGUUUUAUUUACCAAACCCUUCAAAAUAUGUAAACAGAGUUGCUCUCAGAGUAUAUUAUAACCUACAUUUCCAGAAUUUAAAAUUCUCUCAGCUUAAACUUUUAUGUUUGUGUAUGAAUAAAUUACUCUGCACUAGAUUGUCUGCCAGAUACAGAAUAUAGAGGCACAAUUAUGACGCCAUGUCUGUUUAAAAAUCGACUGAUAUAUAAUCGAUUUUUAAAAUGGCAGUUUUUAGUGAAAUUCACAUUUUAGUUAUGAUCUCAAAAAGGAUAUAAAUAUGGACAAAAUUGGAUAGCCAAAACUUUAAUAUAAUUUUAUUGUUUACAUUAUUUUAAUGUGAUAAUCAUUUGAUGUUGUACGAUGACCGCAAGUACCUUCAGCUCAAUUUGCUGUUUAUUUACUGUUAAUGUGACUAAUCUAACCUAACCUAACCUAACUUUACAUUGCUUAAGAUAACACAAUCCUUUCGUUGUAUUUCUAUGUUAGGUCUAAAUAUUUGAGCAGCAGCCAUGGCAUUUUGUGUAGAUGUUAAAUUUGAAGCGUAGAGAUUGAGUGUGUUAGAGAUCAAAGUGUCAAGGACAAUAUUUUGGAAUCAGGAAAGAAGUAACAGACAUCCACGCUCAGCAAGCGUGUUAAAUUUACUGCUUAUCAAGGUUUUAUUUUCUUUUACUUUUUGGCUAGAUGUUAUUUGGAAAUGGAAAGUGGUGCUGGUACUAUUCUGGGUAAUGUAAUUUACUACGGACAGCUCUGUAAUUAAAAUAACUGUAUGCAUUGAAUGAAGAUAACCCGUCCUUAUAUAUAUAUGUUUAUAUAAUGGUAAGUAGUGAUAUUACUAUGAAAUCCCAUAGCAUGUAGUAUAUAUGGUCGACUUGUAACCCUUAUAUACUUCCAUUUAAAAUAAUGUAAGGAAUUAACUUUUGGAAGAUAAUGGAUAUGGUUUAUGUCCAUAUAUUGAGCAAUGGUUUUGGUUUAAUUUAAUAAUUAACUAAUUGUUAGUGAUAACAAUAGUUUGUUGCGUAUUCUUUGUUGUUAUUUAAGUGCAAUAUAAUUAUCCGUACUUCUGAAAACGUGUUCAGUAUCAGGUUCCGUUCUGAGGUAACUUACAAUUCGUUUAGUGAAAAGAGUCGCUGUGGUCUGUAAACUUAAAACAUUUCGGAGAUAACUAUUUUUAUAUUCGCUACUGAUUGAAGAGAAAAAGGGGCUUCAAAGUCUCGUUCGUGCAUUUCAAUUUCAGACUCAUGGCAAGAUUACUAUUGUUAAAUGAGUAGAUAACACGUAAUUUGAAUUUAUACAAAUUAAGUAUGCUAUGACAUCACCAAUAGAGUUAUAACGAAUGUAUUUUAUGCGAUUAAUUCUGACUACAAAGGUACAUCAGGGUCGAGUGGUUAGCAAUCCUGAUUCAAAUUUAGGAUGUCCCGGGAUAAAGUCUCUGCUCGGAGACCGGCUAUCUUGUCGUGGUUUUCCUCAGUCCCUUCAGGAAAAUACCAGGGUGAUACUAAAAGUUGGGCUACGAUAACUUCCUUCAGCAACUUUUCACAUCCGUUGUUCUCUAAUCACCAUAUCACAAGAUGUAUAAUUAGAGCCAUUUCCAGUGUCGUUAAGCAAACCAUUAGUAAAAAUACACAGUUAUGAUUAUAAUACUGUUUUAAUAUUAUUAAUGUACCGCUGUUUCAUUUUAAUGUAGUCCUAUAAACAAUAAAUAGGCCCUAUGAUUACUUAGUGAGAAUAUAGCCUUUUGCACAGAAUAUUGUUUUAUACUAGAUUAAUAUCAAAUAGUGAAAUUUAAAUCUUAAGAGUAUAGUGUAGUGUCUUAAAUUUCGAAAAUUAUUCCUUCUAAUUAGACGGUAUUUAUCGUGGUUUUUCUCCGGGCAUUUUAUAGAGCAUUGCAUAUUUCAAUGUUAUUAAGAAAAUUACAUUUAACUUUAAGUGUAUCCAUUAUCUACCAAGACAUUUGGUGCUUGUAUAUAGCGAAGUGCUUAUCUGUGCUCUUUAAUUUGACUAGCAUAGUCAAAGAAAAAGUGCAGAAAUCUUUGAAUUCUAUGUGGUAUAUUUAUUCUGUAUUACUGUCUUUAUAUUUAUAUGCCGUACCAUUUCUUAUGCAUGCAAAUUUGAACGAAUUGAGAAAGUGGGUUAAACGUAAAAGCAAGUGUUGAUAACUUUUUUAUAGGGCUAAUCACAGCGUAAGGGAAUUUUAUAAACAUAAAUACACCACGUUAUUUAGUGUGUGUUACUAAAAUAACUUAAAGGAGUGAUAUUUAAAAAAACAAACAUAAAUUAUAUAGGCUAAUAAUCUAAUUUGAUACAUUAUAUACAAUAAAACAUCGACAUUCAGUACCUUAGAUAUUCUGAAUUAAAGAAAUUUACCUUUGUUCUUGUCUCCUAAAUUAUUAUUAAAAUUACGGUUCUGUGUUGACUGUGAACAUGAUUUUUACUUAUAAAUGUUUCAUGAAAAUGGAUGAAAAAUUAUUCUAAUUUCUUUCAAGAUUGUACGGUGUAAAUGUGGCCCUUUUCUAAACUAAUAUAGGCCUACUGUUCUGUGGGGAAUAUGAAGAGUCCAAUUUUCCGAUAAUAACAACGAAUAUGACCGACUGUCUACAGGCAAACUGUCCGAAAACAAAAUUGCAAAAGUGUAGCAAACUGAAUUAAAUGAACGACAUAAUAUGCAGAAUAUUUAUACUUACAAGUAUUUAAGUAGUUACAGUGUACGGAGAAAUUAUGAUAUUGUUUGUUGUUUUAUGUGGGCGCGAAGCUUUGCCUCCGAAGUGAAGGAUGAGGGUGUUUCAGAAGAAGGAGUUGAGGAAAUUAGAUAGAAGAAAGUAACAGAAGGGUGCAGAAAAUUCUAUUUAUAAUGAGGAGCCUUAUAAUUUUUUCUGUCAAUCAAAUAUUAUUAAGUUUAUCGAUUCAAUAAGGAUGUCAUGGCCAGAUGGAUAAAUUAUUGAUAUUAAAAUAUUUCAACGAACAACCCACGACCAGAAACUGUAUUGUUUGGACUAAUCAGCUGCUUAAAUAGAAGAGAAGAAAGUUGUGCAGGGGGGAAGAAGGUCUCGGGAAAUGUAUCAGGCAGGCAGAGACUUCGCAAGCAGCAACUGAAGUUGCCAUCACGCGACGAGAGCAGGUAUUUUUCGUAAUUGUGGAUAUUUUUUUAGUGAAAUCUGCAAUUAUCGUUAACGAAUUUUAUUGGCAAAAUGUCCUCAAGCUUGAUGGUCGUUGAAAUAUUCAAAAUUGUUUACGAAAGUAGUAAAUAUUUAUUUCCUUUGGAAGAUCAAUAUUUAUUCUAAAAGUAAACGAUGUUAACUUAUUAAUAACAAUUAUUCGUAACAGUUAAAUAUGAAAUCUCAAAUCUUCAGGAAAAAUUUUUUCUUAGUAUUUGACUGGCCGUUAAUGAAAUUUAAUUUAUGUAUUUUGAAUAUAAAAAUAUUUUAAAUUCAAAUAAAUACCAACAAAUUAAUCCUCCUGCCAUUUAGAAUGACACUGACAUCAUGAUUAUGAUAAAAAUAUGAUUGGUCCUAUUAGAGACAAUUAGUGAUAUUUAAAAGGCAUUGUAACAUACUUUCAGUAUUAAAUCAGAAUGAGUGUCUAUUGUAAUUUUAUUUACAAGACGAAACGACGCCACAAGACACAUCCAAACAGGACCGAGAUUUUCACCGCUGUGAAAACAUGAAAUAUAAUUCUAAUGUUAGUUAAAAUGCUUGCUCAGAAAGAAUGAGGAAAAUAAAAGUUAUCUCGAUAUAUGUAUAUAUGAUUUGGUAUUGUUAUAUCAUACAUAUAAUAACGCGAUUUGUAAUUGUUAAUAAUAGUUUUUGCAAGUUAUUCUCUGUAUAUUAGAAAUGAUUAGCUACUCUUUUCUGAUUGUCCAUAAAGUCGUUUGUUUGUGGUAGUGAAUUUUUCUAGAAAUUGUUUAAUCUGUUUAUAUAUGAAUGUUAUAAUCUAAAAUUACUGCUUUUUAUUGUGCAUUUAAAGAUAAGAUACGAAAGCCAUAUUUGCCUCCUUGAAAGAACCAUCAGUAUUAUCAGUGUGACUGUUAACUGCCCGUGACCUAUAUUUCCUUCUGACCAAAACAGCGUAACAGAAUCCAUUGCUUGGAAUGGAGAAAAAGGCGAACACCAAUGUACGUACAUGCAUCUAUUCCAUCCCAUCCCUAAGGCUGAAAGUUAAAAAUUUAUUAUUUUGCGGAACAUAAAGAUUAGGGGAAAAUUAAGAAUAAAUAAGUGUACAUUAUUUUACAAUUAAAAACAAUCUUGUGUUGUUUA